AUGCCUAAGGAGAAGACCACUCGCAAGAGCGCCAAGGAGCGCGUCCCGCGCCGCAAGAAGGACCCCAACGCCCCCAAGCGUGGCCUGUCCGCCUACAUGUUCUUCGCCAACGACCAACGUGACAAGGUUCGCGAGGAGAACCCCGGCAUCUCGUUCGGCCAGGUCGGCAAGAUGCUCGGUGACAAGUGGAAGGCUCUGACCGAGACUGAGCGCAAGCCCUACGAUGCUAAGGCUGCCGCCGACAAGAAGCGCUACGAAGAGGAGAAGGCCAAGUACAACGCUCAGGCCGAGGAGGACGAGGAGUCUUCUUAA